GUACGAACCAUCUUCCGAGUUUUGGUCCUCUUUGAACACAGCCGGGCUAUCCAUUCCAAAACAUCCAUGUUGGUACGGAUGCCCAAAGAUGGGCCCAAUCAGCGUCCUUUCAAUCAUUGACGCCACGGGGAAGGUUAUCAAAGUCUUGAAGAAGUACAUCCCGUCUGUCCGCGAUGCUCCGCACGAACUUCAACGCAUUCUCAUCGAAACCUCUGCUACCGAAGCCGUGCUAGGCAACCUCAGCUUUCUCUUAGAAUGCAGUGACAAGAGAGGACGCUGCACAACUUGACCGACACCAUCAAAGGAUGCAGCAAAACCAUCUCCGAACUCGAUGCGCUCCUCCCCGACAUUGAAAACACGGAUGUCCCGUCCCCCGACACCCAGGCGAAAGGGAGAAGAAUAAAUGUCAGGUUGGCGGCCUCGGCCUGGCCUUUUAAGGAGAGAAAGGCAAAGAAACUGCUGGGCGAGCUGAAGCAGUACAAGGACACGAUCAGUUCAGC